AUGGGUUAUAGAGAGAGAGAGAGAGUUCCAAUGGAAGGACAAAUGAUCCCUAUGAAGAAAUCAGAACCCCUUUUUGUUCGGCCGGAGACGAAAACCACCUCUGACUCCAACGACGAGUUCUACUUCUUAUCCAACCUUGAUCAGAACGUCGCAGUUAUAAUCCAAACAGUGUACUGUUUCAAGGCGAAUAAUGACAACAAGAGCAGUACUGAGGGCAUUGGUGAUGUUAUCAAACAAGCCUUAGCUAAAGUUUUAGUUCAUUUUUACCCACUCACCGGCAGUUUAACGAUAAGUUCCGAUGGGAAAUUUAUUGUGAAGUGCACAAAUCGAGGUGUGCCGUUCGUGGAGGCGAUGGCGGAGUGUGAUUUGGAUGUGUUGGGUGACAUUACGGUGCCCGAUCCUUCGAUGCUUGAGAAGCUUGUUUAUACAGUUCCUGGUGCGACAAACUUGUUGGAAAUGCCUCUGCUCACUGCACAGGUAUACAAACCGACAAUACAUUCUUUACCAGCAGUCUGCAAAUCAAUUAAACUUUGA